AUGGGCUCUGGGAGGCAGUCUGUGCAGGUCUAUCUGCCCACUGGCCUGGAGCUGCAGCUGCCGCAUGCGGCCACCAUCAAGAUCCGUGAGGCCUUCAAAGUCUUCGACCGUGACGGCAAUGGCUUCAUCUCCAAGCAGGAGCUGGGCACGGCCAUGCGCUCCUUGGGCUACAUGCCCAACGAGGUGGAGCUGGAGGUUAUCAUCCAGCGGCUGGACAUGGACGGUGAUGGCCAAGUGGACUUUGAGGAGUUUGUGACCCUCCUGGGACCCAAGCUUUCCACUUCAGGAAUUCCAGAGAAGUUCCACGGCACUGACUUUGACACCGUCUUCUGGAAGUGUGACAUGCAGAAGCUGACUGUGGACGAGCUGAAACGGCUGCUCUACGACACCUUCUGCGAACACCUGUCCAUGAAGGACAUUGAAAACAUCAUCAUGACAGAAGAGGAGAGCCACCUGGGCACGGCCGAGGAGUGCCCCGUGGACGUGGAGACUUGUUCCAACCAGCAGAUUCGCCAGACAUGUGUGCGCAAGAGUCUGAUCUGCGCCUUCGCCAUCGCCUUCAUCAUUAGCGUCAUGCUCAUCGCAGCCAACCAGGUGCUGCGCAGCGGCAUGAAAUAG